AUGGCUCAAAAAUAUUAUAAUGAUCUCCCGAAAACUGAAAAAACUCGCUACUAUGAUGCUCUCACAAGCAUGUUUCUUCCCAGUAAACCCGUUGUGCAGUUUGAUUGGAAGUUCUUAGAUCUUGGAUCAGUUUAUCGGUAUAAGGAAGGAGGGAUUACCCAUUACCUCCCUCUAUGCCCAUCUGCUCAGAAGGCUUUAUUAAAAAUGUACAUGUCAUUUGACCUACCUGAAAAUAUAAAAAAUCAACUUCGUGUAGGAAAACUAACUGGAGAGCAAUUUGAGGAAUCCUUAUUUAACCGAAUUGUACGCAACUGUGACACAACAAUACAACUCAAUGCAACGGAUCUCAAUAAUAAUAAUAGAAGUGUAAUUACACUUCGGUUUAAUGACUAUGGUUUGAUUAAAAAUUCUCAAUUAUCCCUUGGACCUGGUAACGAUAAAGUCUUAGGUCGUGGCUUUGAUAGGUACCCCCGAUUUGAUUAUAUGCUCGGACCUAUAUUUAUACAAGUAUCUAUCAGUGAUUUUACUUCACACAACAACAAACCAUCAACAAACAUCAGGCAAGCAUUUGAACCAAUGUCUGCACAAGCUGGUAUCUCUUUAGUGCAAAUUAACGGAAGAAAUCAGAUCGAGAUGUAUUUGGAUGAGAUGUAUGGUCCUGGUCAUUCUGCUAGAAUAGAUUCACAAAAUAAGUUUGUUGUUACCUGA